AUGCCGGGAGACGACGCGUCCUACCUCCUCUGCGCCGAGGACGCCGGCGGUGCCUUCUUCUUUGCCGACGUUGCGGCCAGCACCUGCACCACCGCCACCGACGAUGACUGGUGCUCCCGCGCCGAGGAUGAGGAGUCGGCUGCGGAGUCCUUCGUCGCCGAGCUCAUCGGGGGCGAGGCCGACUACUCGCCCCGGUCAGACUACCCUGACCGGCUCCGGUCAAGGUGCAUCGACCCCACUGCCCGGGCGGACUCUGUUGCGUGGAUUCUCAAGGUGCAAGAAUACUACGGCUUCCUGCCCUUGACGGCCUACCUCGCCGUGAACUACAUGGACCGGUUCCUCUCCCUCCACCGGCUGCCGCAGGAGGAUGGAUGGGCAAUGCAGCUGCUAGCUGUGACCUGCCUCUCCUUGGCUGCCAAGAUGGAAGAGACCCUUGUGCCUUCCCUCCUAGACCUACAAAUAGAGAGCACAAGAUAUAUCUUCGAGCCGCGUACGAUCCUUCGAAUGGAGCUUCUUGUUCUGACGGCACUCAAUUGGAGGCUCCGGUCGGUCACACCUUUCGUGUUCAUCGACUUCUUCGUUUGCAAAGUUGAUCCGAGAGGGAAGAACACGCGAUAUCUGAUCGGCCGAGCCACACAAAUGAUUUUAGCUGCAAUGCAUGACAUCGAGUUCUUAGAUCACUGCCCGUCGUCAAUGGCUGCUGCGGCGGUGCUAUGCGCCACCGGUGAGAUGCCAUCCUUCGCAUUGGUCAACCCUAGGCUUGCAGUCAAUUGGUGCAUUGGCCUAGCAGAGGAAGGGGUCAGAAGCUGCUACAAACUAAUGCAGCAGCUGGUGAGUGGCAAGAGGGCAGCCACAGCAGCUGCAGUAGCAGUUAACCUAUGCUCAGAUGAGGUUCUGUCCUCUAAUUCCUCCUCCUGCACCACCCCUCCCCCACCCAAGAGGAGGAAGAGGUCACCUCCACCAGUCACAUGAAAAGAGUGCAAGUAGAUAACAUCAGUUUACCUGGGUCUUUUUUUUGUCAGAUUAAUAGGGUUUGAUCUCUUCCUGUUGUUGUGUUGUUGUGAUUCUUUUUCCCAUUUGUUCUCUUCUUUUGGGGCUCUUUCUUUUUACACCUUGGUGGGGGCUCUCCUUGCUUGGCCCGGCCUGUUGAUCUAUGCCAUCAUGGCAGCCUCUGCACUGCCAGUCUGU